AAAGACUCGAUUUGAGCCGAAUUUUCUCGCCGUGAUAUUAGCCACAACAAAAAAUUUGUGGUGAUCGCGCAAAAAGUUUUUGGCGCUACGUAUUUUUCGCGUUCUACCUACGGCAAGCAACAGCAAGGUGCUCGUCAGCCACGUCGUCGCCUCGUCCAGGAUUCGGCGGCCCGUCGACGGCGCGAAACUGCACAAUCACGCAAGAGUUAUAGGGAAAUUCCAGCAUUCACAAUGGCAGGAGAGCAGCAACAGUUUUUUCUCAAAUGGAAUGACUUCCAAUCAAACAUGGUGUCAUCAUUCAAACAUCUGCGAGAUGAGAAAAGCUUCACGGAUGUGACAUUGGCUUGCGAUGGUCAAACUUGUAAAGCACAUAAAAUGGUCUUGUCCGCCUGUAGUCCUUACUUCAAAUCUUUAUUAGAGGAAAAUCCGUCCAAACAUCCAAUUAUAAUUCUAAAGGACGUUGCAUACAGUCAUCUACAAGCCAUCUUAGAAUUUAUGUAUGCAGGUGAAGUAAAUGUCUCGCAAGAUCAGCUACCAGCAUUUCUUAAAACAGCAGACCGGCUUAAAGUUAAAGGACUAGCUGAAGCUCCCGGUGCCAUUAAGAGAGAAGGUUAAAAAUACACACGUAAAAUAUGGUAUUUGAAAAGUGUGUGGACUGAAAAAAACUGUAAUAAUGUAAAGUGAUUGAGUAAAACACGUACCACACAACAUAAACACACAACACAACAUACAUUAUAAAUAUAUAGAGACAUAUGUAAAAAAAAUUUAAACACUGCGUGUGCACAACUCGGUGUCCUAUGGUUCAUGACUUGGAUCAACACGCGGUGAUGAUGUAAAAUAAUGCCUUUUUCUUAUUCUCAGUUAAUGUUGACUGGUUGUAUUGAUAGUAUGUACACAUACAUGCAAGUAGAGAAAAAAAUGUUGAUGUUUGUCUUGAACCCAUUACGCCAUAUUGGCAAUAAUAACAACACAUUGAUUAUUUUUUU